UGACGGUCACGUGUCCAGUCAGCUGACUCUAGCGGAGCUGCGAACCUGCCUGACGGUAGCCAGGAUGCCUUUCUCCGAGCUCUAUUUUAACGUUGAUAAUGGCUACCUGGAGGGGCUGGUCAGGGGAUUUAAAGCUGGAAUACUGUCCCAGGCGGAUUAUUUAAACCUCGUCCAGUGUGAGACCCUGGAAGACCUGAAGCUCCACCUGCAGAGUACUGACUAUGGCAGCUUCCUGGCAAAUGAGGCUUCCCCUCUCACUGUGUCUGUAAUUGACGACAAGCUGAAGGAGAAGAUGGUGGUGGAGUUUCGCCACAUGAGGAACCAGUCAUAUGAACCGCUGGCCAGUUUCAUGGAUUUUAUCACGUACAGCUACAUGAUUGAUAACGUCAUCCUGCUGAUCACCGGUACUCUGCACCAGCGUGCCAUCUCUGAGCUGGUGCCAAAAUGUCACCCACUGGGCAGCUUCGAGCAGAUGGAGGCAGUGAACAUUGCCCAGACCCCUGCUGAGCUUUACAACGCCAUCCUGGUGGACACACCGCUGGCUGCGUUCUUCCAGGAUUGUAUCUCUGAGCAGGACUUGGAUGAGAUGAACAUUGAAAUCAUCCGUAAUACACUUUAUAAGGCUUAUUUAGAGGCUUUCUACAAGUUUUGCUCCAACUUAGGAGGAACGACGGCCGAUACCAUGUGUCCUAUUCUGGAGUUUGAGGCCGACCGGAGAGCCUUCAUCAUCACCAUCAACUCGUUUGGCACCGAGCUGUCCAAAGAAGACCGUGCUAAGCUCUUCCCCCACUGCGGCAAGCUUUACCCAGAAGGCCUUGCCCAGUUGGCCCGUGCAGACGACUAUGAGCAAGUCAAAGCUGUGGCCGAUUUUUAUCCUGAGUACAAGCUUCUGUUUGAGGGUGCCGGCAGCAACCCCGGAGAUAAAACACUGGAGGACCGUUUCUUUGAGCACGAGGUGAAGCUGAACAAGUUGGCUUUCCUCAAUCAGUUCCACUUCAGCGUGUUCUACGCCUACGUCAAGCUGAAGGAGCAGGAAUGCAGGAACAUUGUCUGGAUCGCUGAGUGCAUUGCCCAGCGGCACCGCGCCAAAAUUGAUAACUACAUUCCCAUCUUUUGAGCGUCCUCUGUCUGAACUCCCCUUCUCCUUUCCAUCAUCAUUUCUUUCAUUCUUCUGUCUGCAGUCACAGCAAGAUGGUAAAGAUUCUGGUGGUUUGAUGUGAAACUCUCCAUCCUUCAGUCGUUAAGUGUGAAAUGGUUCUUUACAACAGAAGUUCUUGUGAGUUUAAGUUUAUAUUGUUUUCUAAAAGUGAAACAGUCAAAUGCAGAAGGAUCACAUGCGCAAAGGUUAUCGGGGCUUCUUUGGACCCAUUUGACUGUCAAACACUGGUCUGUGAUUUCUAGAGCUUGGUGCACUGUUGACUCAGCACCACCUGUCCUGACGUGUCACUUAAAAUAAACUCCAGCAGGAAUUUGCAAAUUUAUAAGAGCAUGAAUGAAGCCGACAGUCAGCAAGACAGAGAAGCUUUUUUCUGCAGAACUUCAACGAUGGCAAACCACAACCAUCUUCCUUUUUUGUGAUAAUCUGCUUCACCACAGACGUAUCUGCAAAUAUCUGUCAACAGAUUUCCCGAAUCUUAACAUCUGAACCUCAUUUAGUUCAGCUCCAAGCAGACAGACGUGAAAACAUUCCUCUGCUCUUCAGACAAGUAUUCGUUUCUGUUCUAGUUCUUCUCAUGUCUGGUAAUUGUUGUUCUUUUGUCCUUAACUAAAAAGUGACAUGUACGAGCUUCUUCUUUUUAAAAAAUUGUUUCGACUCACUAGAUUGAUGUUGAAUAUUAAAAACCCAGCAGCUGAGCAGGAGCAUCCAGUCCCUCCAUCCCUGCUCUUGUGACCGUUCUGUACAUGAACAUACCAGAAUGAAGCAAAAUCGAGUCGCUAUAUGAAAGAGUUAAUGUUAAACUAUACAAAGAUAUAUAGAUAUUUAAAGAUGAGUGUAUGAUUUUUGUUUUCUCAUGCUGUAAAAUUUAUUUCUGUUUUUGAUCUGUUGUUGUGAAUGUGUGUGUUGUAUAUGCAUCAAAGAAUAAACUGCCAUUGAGCAGGUCUGAGGAAA